CAAAUCCAUAACUCGGGUGUAUAUAAGCCUUCUCGCAUCUCCAAUCUGAGAUCGUACUCCGAGUUGAGAUCUUUUCUGCAAACAGGGGAGGAAACAGCGUCGUCGUAGAGGAGCAGCGAGAAAAGAGACAUGGAGACGGUAAGCGUCGUCGCCGAAAUGUAUUAGUUUUCCUGCAGGACUUCAUCGGAUACCGGCGGCUGAGAGAUGGGUCGGGCGACUCGGUGGCUGCGGAACCUUUGGGGCGGCGACAAGGAGAACAAGGAGACGAAGGACUGCUCCAGUUACGGUGGCGAGGCUAGGACGGAGAAGAAAAGAUGGAGCUUUAGGAAGUCAAGGACCUCCGGCGAUGUAGCGCCGGGCCAGAACGCUUCCACGGCGGCGGCAAUCGAGGCGGCGUGGUUCAAGUGUUUCUAUGCUGAAAGCGAGAAGGAGCACAGCAAGCACGCCAUCGCCGUGGCCGCGGCCACAGCUGCUGCGGCCGAUGCAGCGGUGGCCAUGGCGCGGCUCACCAGCCAUGGAGCGGGCGCUCGCGAUCAGCUGGCGGCGGUGAAGAUCCAAACUGCAUUCAGAGGCUUCUUGGCGAGGAAAGCACUCAGAGCUCUCAGAGCACUAGUCAAAUUGCAAGCACUGGUUCGAGGAUAUCUUGUUCGCAAGCAAGCCGCCAAGACUCUUCACAGCAUGCAAGCUCUGGUGAGAGCUCAGGCCACCGUCCGAGCUCAAAGAGCUCGAAACCUUCGACCGGAAAUCCGCCAUCGGAGAUCCUUAGAGAGGUCGAAAGAUCUCAUGUCGUCGUUCCAGAGAUGGAGGCUCCCGACAAGCCUCGAUAGCACCAUCAUCGACAGGAGCCCAAAGAUGGUCGAGAUCGAUGCGUCCUACCCGAAGAAGCUGAGUUCUUCUCGCCCGACUGCUGCCUCUUUCACAGAUCCAGCGGACGACAUACCUCUGCGUGGAUUCUCCUCUCAGAUUCCAGCACGAAUCUCUGUACCCAGCCGGCGAAACUUCGAAGAGAACGACUGGUACUGCAUCAACGGCGACAGGUGCCGGUGCUCAGUCACCGCACAGAGCACACCCAGAUACGUGAAUUUGUCCUGCGAUGUAGCUGCGACUCCCGUGCUCCGGCAAUCGUUGAGCGUAUCGAACUCUCCCACCUACAUGGCGAAGACGCAGUCAUCCAAGGCAAAGCUAAGGUCACAGAGCGCCGCAAAGCAGCCGCCGGAUCCGGCAGAGACGAGGAGGAGGCAGCCGUUGAGCGAGGUAAACGUGGAGGCCAGGGCUAAUGUAGCUGGCAUCGCAACGAAGAAACCACGCCCUCAAGCUCAAGAGGCUUUCAACUUCAAGAAAACAGUGAUCGGGAGGCUCGAUAGGUCCUCGGAGCUGAUGACGAAGGAGGCAGACAGGGAGGCUUACUCCCACAGAAGGUGGUAAUGCAAUGGAGGAAACCCAGUGAUUAUUUUCUCCCCUCUGGUGAUCUGUUCUGUUUUCCUGUUCGUGUGAGCAUGUUGUAUGAGAUUCUUCAUCGAAUGGUGCGAAGUGGAGCUUCAGAACAUUA